AUGCAAGAUACAGCACUCGUCGUUAUAGAUCUUCAGAACGACUUUGUCGAGCCAACAGGCUCACUUAGUGUCAAAGGAGCCAUGGAUAUUAUUCCAAAAGUUAACAGAAUCCGUUCAAAAUUCCAAAAUGUUUUAUUUACUUACGACUGGCAUCCAAAGAAUCAUGUUUCUUUUGUUGAUAGCCAUCCAGGACACAAGGUAUAUGAUAUCGUUGAUGCAGGAUCUGUCAAGCAAAUGCUUUUCCCAGCACAUUGUGUUCAAAAUUCAAAAGGAGCGGAGUUACAGAAGGAUUUAAUAAAGAAGGAUGGUGAUAUGGUAGUAUAUAAAGGAACUAACGAGAAGAUUGAUUCCUACAGCUGCUUCUUCGAUGUCAUAAAAUCUUCACAAACAAAUGCUGAUCAAUUACUUCGCAGCAAAGGCAUCAAAACAUUGUAUAUUUUGGGAGUUGCCACUGAUUUCUGCGUUAAAUUCUCCGCUCUCGAUGCGGUUAAACUUGGCUACAAAGUUUACUUAAUUGAAGAUUGCAUUGCAGGAGUACAAAAAGAAAGCUCCAUUGCUGCUCUCAAAGAAAUGAAGGAACAAGGAAUCACAUUCGUUAAUUCAAAUAUCUUUUAA